GGUCAGGCCAGGCUCACGUCGUAGAAAUUAAUCAUGCCAGGCCGAGUCAGACGAGUGAGAAUAAUCGCGCCAAUUGCGCCAUAGUUGACGUCGCGGCCAGAAGGUGGCAGAAAAACUCGUCCAGCAUGGGAUUUUGGGGUUUCCUUUGGUUUUCUAUACAGGCAGGCAUUCUCUUGCUGGUCAACCUGAUCUUUAACAAGUGAUUUACGCCCUGAAAUGGCCUUAGUCAGGAGGUUACUGUGUAGCCAGAGUUCAUUCCCAAUUUUCGCCUCUCGACUUCAAAGUACCGCCGCUACAGCAGUUCUGCCUGAAGCCCUCGAUGAAAGUCCAAUCGACCCUGGGACACCGGACAAGUUGUACAAAGAAAUCGGCAUUGAGCUGAAAGGACAUGACAAAGCAGUCCUUAAAAGCUACACCACUGUUAUGAAGGCGGCAGCAAACCACCUCGAGAUUCCCACUAGCAACAUAGUUCUUGAUCCAAAAGCGUCAAAGCACAGACUGACUUUGUUACGAUCGGUGCAUAUUUACAAAAAGCACAGGGUGCAGUAUGAAAUGAGAACGUACCACGCCAACAUAUCCUUGUACCGACUGACAGGAUCAACUGCUGACACUUAUUUAGAGUAUAUUCAAAGGAUGCUCCCUGAAGGUGUAGGCAUGAAGGUUUCAAAGACGGAACUACAUCCUCUCCCGGAUUAUAUGAGCAGCUCGUGAGUAGGAUUAGUGCAGCAGACCUCCAUAGAUGUAAUUAUUCAACUAACAAGUUUUUAAUUAAACUGACUGAAACGCAAGAAAUUA